AUGGCUGAAGACCCAGAAUUCGACGGAGUCGACGCAGAAGAACAAGAUCUUGCCGUUAGCGAAGCCGGGCCCUCAACGUUCGAGAUCACACAACGGGUUGAAGUGUCGGCGAUGGCUAACAUGUUCUUGACAAAAACUGGCAUCUUAUUUUCUGCAAUUUCGUUGAACGUAUACUUGUUCGGCGACUUGGCAAUCUAUUCAACGACCGUCCCCAAGAGCAUGAUGAAUAUGAUUUGUGAUUCGAUCAACACUUCGACGGUAAGCCAUGACGAUCCUUGCCACGGAAAUUGGCCACUGUUCUUCACCCGAUUUACUGUCUAUAGGCUCUGUGUCUUCCUUUUUAUCGCGCUGUGCCUUCCGAUGAUCGUUGCUGGGGUCACAAAGACGAAGUAUUUGCAACUCGCUACCAGCGUCAGUCGAUGGACAGCGUUUUCAUUGAUGAUUGUGUUGGCGUCUAUGCAGUUAGCGCAGGAAGGGGCGGAGGCAUCACCACCGAUGGCGAACUUCCAUGGAUUCGGCUCGCUGUUUGGUGUCACAGUGUACGCGUUUAUGUGCCAUCACUCGCUGCCGUCGCUGGUCACGCCAAUGAGUUCGAAAUCUCGUCUAUUCUUGGGAAUGGGCGGAAUCUACAGCAUCGUCCUGCUCUUCUACUUCACGCUCAGUCUGACUGGAGCCUUCGCUUUCAAGCACGUCCAGGAUGUGCUUUUCCCCAUCUUCACGCUGACCACAAACUACCCGAUUGUGGGCAUAACUCUGAUCAACAAUAUUAAAGUCAUGAAGGAGAUGGUUUUCCCAACUGAAAGAGCAGACACUGAGGAAGAAAGCUUGCUUGAAACGACUGACGACGAGCUUCCAGAACCGCGACCGCGUUCCAGAUCCUUAAGGACGGUGACUGCGAAGGACUUUCUGAUUCCGGUGUUGGUCUUGGGAUUGCCGACAAUGAUCUCAUUGUUCACUGAUGACGUACUGCUUCUCGCGGCGAUCACUGGUUCAUACCCAGGACGUUGCUCUAUGAAGUUAUCCGGAUUCUUGCUAUUUCUGGUGAUUCCGACAGUAACCGCGAAUCUAUGGCUACCUUUUGCAAACUUUGGGACGAUGUUCGGUGCAAUUAGAGAAGCAGCAUUUGGUAGUCGCGAUCCGGAAACGCAAGAAUCUACCGGAAAUCCAUUAACCUACUUUGCACUCGCCGGUCGGGAACUGCUUCACAAUCUACAGAAGAUGUUUAUGGGGGAUGAGCCUGAAGAGAAUGGAACUGAUUAUGAGAUCCCUGAAGCAUUUAGGGAACUUCCGACAGAAUUUCCUCAAGAAACACUAACGACUGAAGAGCCCUACGCUGAGCGUGUCUAUACUUUUGGACCCCCAACAACAGAAGAAGUCCCCGUUGUACCAAGGACUUAUCUGCCCGGAUUCAAAUUUACAUUUCCCUACACAACUCCGCACUGGAUGUCGACCACUCGCUUUCCGACUAUUGGCCCGAUCAAGCCUCGUGUAUGGACUCGACCGAUGCCUUCAUCUACUUUCCCUAUUACAACUACCACUACAACACCGGAACGUCAAAUUUCCCAAGAAGAAACAACAAUGAGACCGGUUCCCUUGACGUGGACGCCUUAUCCUCAAGCUUCAAAGUCUAGCGAAGAAAAGAUGGAAUGGACAACGUCAACUCAACCAUCAACGAGUCCCCAAUGGGCGAGGGUCGCCUGGAAAACUCCGGAAUUCACCACACCAACAACGUCGACCUUGAUGUCGGUUCGCGAACGAAUGACAAGACCCACAAUUCGAAAGGUGACACCCACCCCUUCUAGCCGACCAAUCUAUCCAACAACACAGAAAGAGAAGGAAGGAAGCACCUGUGACAUGUGUAAGCCUGGGAGGCUUUGCAAGCUUCGGCUCCGAAGCUUCGAGACUUCGGAUCCGGUUUUCCAGUAUGCUUACAGCCACUCAACAAUGAUCGAUGAUAAUAUGCAAGGAUUGUUGAGGGAAACGCAAAUGUACUACUUCCCUCCACCACUAUCCUGGAAAAAUUCUGCAUCGCCAGAAGUGAUCCAGUUGACGCAAACUUUAAUGCAAUCGUUCCGGCCUUCAAGAUGCCUCAUUGCCGGAAUGUUCACUGGUCUUUCGGUUAUCGGAAUUGGCUCAAAUAUCGAUUCUCGAGGGAUUAUCGUGGCACUAGAAUAUCCUGAAUUCGUUCAAUAUUGGGAAAAGAUUGGGAUGAAGCAUGCGCAGAAGCACAACCUAAUGUCCAAAAUUCAAGUCCGAUCUGGGGAUACGAUUGAUCGAUCCCUGCAAAAGCUGGCCGCCAAUGAACCGAAUACUUUUGAUCUCAUCUUCCUGGACGACUAUCGCAAGCAAAACUAUUUGGACGACUAUGAAUAUGCUGUGAAUUUGGCCCGGCCUGGAGGCUUAUUGAUCAUUAACGAGGCUUUAAAUGGCGGAAGCGUGAUGAGUCCACAGGAGACAAUGUCUGCGGACGCGCGAGCAGUACGAAAUAUGAAUAUCCGCAUUAAACAGGAUAUCCGGGUUCGUGCCACACUGCUCCCAUUUUCUGGCGGAACCUGGGUGAUCACCAAAGUA